GCCGGUGGAGAGAGAGAGAGAGACAGGCGGGGGUGCGCGAGCCAGCAGCGGAGAGAAGACCCGGUAGAGCGCGAGGAGGGAGAGAGAGAGAGAGAGAGAGAGAGAGAGAGAGAGUGAGUGAGUGGAAGAGAGAGAGAGAGAGAGAGAGAGAGAGAUCAAGAGUGAACGAGAGGAGAGAGAGCGACGACCAUCAGCGUCCGUGUGUGCCUGAGGGACGGACGACACGGAGAAGAAGAAGACUGAGCGAACGAUUGAUUGUCUAACCGACCGACAGACUGACAGUCAGACAGACUGAAUGAAGCUGCACCUGGUGCUUCUGAGGGCUUUUCCCAUGUUUUGAUUCGCUCCAUUUUUUACUUUCCAAACGUGCUUUCACCGAGCAGCUUCUUGCCAUGCCGUCCAACAGUCCUGCUGUCGCCGAGCCGCCCCAGACACCGGAGAACGACGCCGUCAACGACGUGAGCGAAGAUGGAGCAGACCAGGACAGUCCAGAGGAGGGGACGCCAGCGAGUCCCCGCAACAAGCGCAGAGUGGGUCGCCCUGGCAGGAAACGCAAACAGCUGCUUCCUGAGAUGGCGGCCUCUGACCCGUGUGCAAAUGCCCCCCCAACCCCGCCAGAGGAGCCGGAGCCCUCCCCCUCCCCUCGCAAGAAGCGCGGCCGUCGGAAACUCGAGCAAACAGAGAAGAAUAAGGACGAGCCAGACGACAGAAAUUGCGACUCCCCCAGAGAGGUGGAGACUGGGAGGCUGCGGAGGAGGCCGGUCCCCAGAGUGACUUUCCAGGCUGGAGAUCCGUAUUACAUCAGCAGGAGACAGAGAGAAGAAUGGCUCAGCCGCUGGAAGAUGGAGGUGGGAGAGAAACAGGCCGAGCGACGGGCAUACCGAGAGGCAGAGAUGAGCAUGAUGGACGACCUAUCGGAGGGUGACUUCCUAAAAGAGGACAAGCCCGCCAGCCCCGCCCCUCCUCCUUCGCAGCAACACACUGACCCCGCCUCUCCGACAGUUGCCGUGACACCGGAACCGGUUGCCAGGGGAGAACAGGCCACACCCAGCGAAGUAGAGAGCCAGGACGGCCGGGGUUUUGGCAUCGGCAUGCUGGUGUUCGGAAAGCUGCGCGGCUUCUCCUGGUGGCCCGGCAGGAUCGUCUCCUGGUGGAUGAGCGGCCGAAGUCGAGCGGCAGACGGGACUCGCUGGGUGAUGUGGUUUGGAGACGGGAAGUUCUCCGUGGUUUGUGUGGAGAAGCUGAUGCCUCUGAGCUCUUUCUCAUCUGCCUUCCACCAGCCCACCUACAACAAACAGUCCAUGUACCGGAAAGCCAUCUUCGAGGCUCUGCAGGUGGCCAGUGUUCGGGCGGGUAGGCCAGUUCCUUCCUGUGACACGAGCGAUGAAGCAGAGGGCGUGGAGGUUCAAACCAGACAGAUGAUCGAGUGGGCCAUGACCGGCUUCUUACCCAGCGGUCCACAAUCACUGGACCCUCCAGAGGGAGAACAAAAUACAUAUAAGGAAAUGUAUCCAGAGAUGUGGGCAGAACCUGAGGCGGCGUACACGCCUCCACCUGCCAAGAAACCGCGCAAGAACUCAGCUGAGAAAGCAAAGAUCAGAGAGGUGAUCGAUGAAGGGACCAGAGAGAGACUCAUACAGGAAGUCAAAAAGAAGACCAGGAACAUAGAAGAUAUCUGCAUCUCCUGUGGAAGUCUCAACGUCUCUCUGGAGCAUCCUCUCUUCGGGGGAGCGAUGUGUCAGGGCUGCAAAAACUCCUUCCUGGAGUGUGCGUACCAGUACGACGACGACGGAUACCAGUCCUACUGCACCAUCUGCUGCGGAGGCAGGGAAGUGCUCAUGUGUGGCAACAACAACUGCUGUAGGUGUUUCUGUGUGGAGUGUGUGGACCUGCUGGUCGGAACCGGCUCGGCGGCAGCAGCCAUUCAAGAAGACCCCUGGAACUGUUACAUGUGCGGCUCCCGGGGCUCCUACGGGUUGUUGCGGCGACGCGACGACUGGCCCUGCAGACUACAGCACUUCUUUGCAAACAACCACGAACAGGAAUUUGAGCCAGCCAGGUUGUAUCCUCCAGUCGCUGCAGAGAAGAGGAAACCAAUCAGAGUCCUCUCACUGUUUGACGGCAUCGCCACAGGUCUGUUGGUGCUGAAGGAUCUGGGCAUUCAGGUUGACAAGUACGUGGCGUCUGAGGUGUGUGAAGACUCCAUCACAGUCGGCAUGGUCCGCCACCAGGGUCGCAUCAUGUACGUGGGCGAUGUACGCAACGUGACGCACAAACAUAUUGAAGAGUGGGGACCGUUUGACCUGGUGAUCGGAGGAAGCCCCUGCAACGACCUCUCCAUAGUCAAUCCAGCACGGAAAGGCCUCUAUGAGGGAACAGGACGCUUGUUUUUUGAGUUUUACCGCCUGCUGCACGAGGCUCGACCGAAGCCGGGCGACGGGCGGCCGUUCUUCUGGCUGUUUGAGAACGUGGUUGCUAUGGGAGUCAGUGACAAACGGGACAUCUCCCGCUUUUUAGAGUGUAACCCCGUUAUGAUCGAUGCCAAGGAGGUCUCCGCUGCCCACCGCGCUCGCUAUUUUUGGGGAAACCUGCCCGGCAUGUCCAGCAUUUGUGAUUUCAGACCUCUAGCGCCCAUGACGAACGACAAACUGGACCUACAGGAGUGUCUUGAACACGGACGCACGGCAAAGGUAUCCUCAUCUUUUGAGAAGUUGCGUACGAUAACGACACGCUCCAACUCUGUGAAGCAGGGGAAAGACGAGCAUUUCCCCGUCUACAUGGACAGCAAGGAGGACAUCCUCUGGUGUACAGAGAUGGAGAGGGUGUUUGGUUUCCCUGUCCACUACACAGACGUGUCCAACAUGAGUCGUCUGGCCAGGCAAAGGCUGCUGGGACGUUCCUGGAGCGUCCCCGUCAUCAGGCACCUCUUCGCCCCGCUCAAGGAGUACUUUGCCUGCAACUAGUCACACACACGCCACCAACCCUCUCUCUCUCCAACACACACACACACACUCACACACACACACACACACACACACACACACACACACACACACACACACACUCAAACAUACUCAGACGUAUAAACAGUAAGUAACAACAGAAACACACACACAGGUUACAGCCCGUACAUGAAGGUUGGCUGACGCAGGAUGUCAAAGAUGACCGAACACACACUUUCAAACAUACACUUUCAAACAUACAAACAAACACUCUGUAAAGGACUGCUUCCCUAGAUCCCAUGUAGACCACUGGCUGACGUUAGUCCCCCUGGUGCUACCUUGCAGAUGUCCAAACACACACACACACACACACACACAUUGGUACUGUAUUUCUUCACACACAAACUGCCUGUCCAACCUUGAAACUGGUGUCUUCUGCAGCUGGAGUUCAAAACCUCCAGAAGCCCAGGUUUUCUGUUUUUUUAACAACUACUAAACACAUCAACACACCAAUGAAUCUCUCAGAAGUACUAACACCUAACUAACGCUAACACUCACACUGUUUUCAUACGUAGUGACAGUGAUGCUGUUCAACCAAACAGUGAACUCAAUUUACACCCACACACACACACACACCCAGUUUAACGUUCAUGGUGCUGGUCAGGCAGUGACAGAGUCCAACUGGUGCAACUUUAAUACAACACUUUUAAAGAUUUUGGUGCUCUUGUGGACUGAACGGUCUCUGGCUGAUCGCUGAGUUAAACCAAAUGCUGACGAGCAGGUGGAGGAAACACCAGGCAAAAUAAGGCAGCCACACGUCGUAGGUUUAAAACACACUUUUUAUACGUCGAAUCAAGUCGAGAGUUGCAAGAGGGAAAAAAAAACGGAUUCAUUCCUGUGAAGAAAUGUUUAAUAUGACAACGGAUAAAUCAGAUUGUAAAAGCUGCUCUGGAGGUAGAAACUAUUUUAGUAUCGCCUAAUCUAAAAAUAAACAUGUUUCCAAUAAAUGUCUUCAUCUUCCCGUCAGAAAACCUAAGAUAGAGAAAAACUGAAAAAGGAUUUCUUGAGGGAUUCUACAGCGGUUUUAAGUCAUCGUUUCCUUCGUUCCUUCGUUUAUAUAUCCCCAAUAUGUGAUCUUAUUAAACCUUCAUGACCUGAAGAGAAAUGUUCUUCCUGAGAAGACAAGAAAUAUCAAAGAAGAGAGAAACAAUUAACCCUAAACCACAACAAGGAACAUUAGCAUCCUGUAGAGAUCAUCAGAAGCAUCACUUCUGUAACUCUUUUAAGGAAAUCAACACUAAUGAUGGUGCUAAUCUUCCCAAGGACUAAAAUACAAAGAAGUAUAGAGCGUUGCAGAUUUAGGCUGAAUGUUGCAGAAGAACUGAAAACUUUACAAAAUAAAUCAAAAACGAUGUCAUGGUCAUUUCUGUAAAACUAUAAAAAGGGUUUUUAGAAUAAGAAGAAGAAAUUGUUAUUGAUUUAAAUGUGCACUCAAGAAAAGACAUUUUGAGUGACAUCAGAUCAAAGACACACCCUCACACUAUUUCUCAGCUGUUUCUGUGUUGGGUAUGCAUUUUAAAAUCAGAUCUUUUUUUUUUUUAGAUUUGAUUUAAAAGUGGUCAGCAUCAGGGCUCGUUAUCAUCUGGGAGUUUAUUGAGGCUCUGUGUUGCGUGCUAAAACAAAGCUGUUCCACCGUGUCCUUCCUAAACGGCUCAGAGGGAGGACACACGCUCGUGUUCGGCUAAAACGACCCCUUUUCUUUUUCUUUUUCUUUUUCUUUUUUUUUUUUUGCCUGCUGAGUUCGUGUCAGCUGCCACUGGAGUAGAUCGCAUGGAAAUAAAAAAAGAUUAAAAAGUAAUUUCUUCUACUUGAUGUCAUCCUCGUAAAAUAAAGAUGUAGAAAUGUUAAAGCCUAAACUGUUACCUCUGAUCUAAAGCGUUGUGGAGAACAUGUGUAGCUUUCUAAAAGUUGCUGUUUUGUAAGAAGUACUGUGUCCCUUUAAGUUGCUACAAAGCUGAGGGUCGGGUGUUAUCGUUAAUGUCUGCAUGAAAUUCAGGAAUCUCGCCCUUAAAACUGAUUACUGCUAAUGUAGCUUUAAGAGACGAUGUCAUAACACUGAACCACACAUUCUUAAUAGUUUAAUUUCUUUAGGUUUUAAGUGAGAAAUGUCACCAUUUCAAGCUUUGAAUGGUCCUUAUGUUAACUUAAUUUAUUCUUAAAUAAUCCAGAGACACAUUGCUCCCCCUUAAAAAAACUCUAGAAAUGUGUUGGGUUGUGUUGACCUUUCAAGAUCAUGAAUUCCAUCCAACAACAUUAAGUGUGCUAGAUAUUUAAAGGGAUAGCAGCAUGUGUCCUUCAGCUAAGUUAAUCUUUUUAAUGAAGUUAUACUCAUAUUGUGUAUCAUCUUUUUAAACACCUGAUACUGUGUCGCAUUCAGCCAAACUUCUGGAUUAAAAGUCCAAAUCUAACAGCGCUGAGCAAUGAAAUCAUUUUUUCACAUCAUCUUCUUAAACCGGGGGAGUCUAUCCCUCGACAAACAACUCUAAUUUAAAAAACAAUCCUCGUGUUCAACUUCUGAAAUGUUUUAAAUUCCUCCAGAUUAUGUUUUGCCUCCAGAGCAGCUCUUCCUCUGAGAAUCAUUUCUGGAUCUUUUUAAGGAGUUCAGUGUUGGAGGUGUUUCACCUGAACUUUUACAGCUCUUACAGCUCGUCUUGUGGCUCAGCUGUAGUGUUUGUCCUCUGGUAAAGAAGUGACCAGGAUGUAGUCUGAGCGCUUGCCGUUAUGUUUCCAUUUUGCUUCAUAGGGAUCAGAAACGUUCGACGGUUUUCGCUGCAACAUUCACUGAAACAACAACCGUAACCAUAGCAACUAUGCUUGUUUUCUACUUCCUAUGACAGAAUCAGAUUGUGCUGAAUAAAUCUCCGUCUAUAUCACACACACACAAAAAUGGCAUAACCAAGCUUGGGUGUUUCUUCUGCCUUUUGCCCAAUGCAUGCUGGGAUGAACUCAGCCGCUCUGUGACCUUGAAAUAGGAAUAAACGAGGAAAGAAAAUGUCAUCCAAUAAAACGUUUCUGAGUCUCUGACACUCGGACACUUGUGUAGAUGUCUAUUUAGACAGGGCUGUCUUUAGAUAAAUAAUUCUCUGGUGCUUUUGGUCCUCAGGCGGCCAUCUUUUUCCUGGAAGCCUUCCGAUCCUCUGACCUUCCUCAGAUACCAGCUAACGACUGGACACACAUAAACACAUCAACACACACACACACACACACACACACAAACAUGCACAAACGGAAACAAUAACCACCAAUAAACCAGCAGGUUCAAACUUUUUUCCAUCAUGUUUACUCUCCGUUUAUACAACCAACCUUCAGGUGCUUUUUAAACAACUCUUUUUUACAGUGCGUUUGCAGGUUACACACACACACACACACACACACACACACACACACACACAGAAAACAAACACACACACACAUUGGCUGGAAACACAGUGCCGCCCUUUACGCUUCACCUUUCCCUUACAACACAAACAUGCAUACACACUGUGUUCUUGCCAGCCGCCUGCCCACAUCAGGCUUCCCUCGGCGUCGCAGGGUGUGACAUCAUCCCCCUGUGACACUUGGUGCUCCCAAACGCCGCCCUCCCCCCGCCCCCCUUUCUCUUCCCUGAAACCCAACCCCCAGGUGCUGCAUGUCAGUCAGUCAGUCAGUGUAAUCUCCGAUUCCAUGUUAGAUUAGGGAGUAAUGAUCAUUAUAAUAAUGGUAAUAAUAACGACAAUAAUAAUCUGUUAUCGUGUGUGUGUGUACUGUUCCAGGUUGGUGCUCAGUUCAGUUCAGUCUCAGCCUAGAAAAGGAGAGAGGGAGGCUAGAGAAAGCAUAUAUUACAGUUAGUAUAGUGACUUGUUCUAUAGUACCAGAGGAUGCCGGAAGAAAUUGUUGAACAGAUGACCUAGAGGGUGCUCUCCAACAAAAGCAAGUUGAAAUGACAACAGCUUCAUCAGAAUCAUUAAAUGGAUAUGGUUUGGGUUUCAAACUUAUCUUUAAAUAAUUGGGGGGGGGGGGUCCAGUAGCCUAGCGGUCAUAGCACCCACCCCCAUGUACAGAGGCCUAAGCCUUCGAGAGCGCGCGGCCCAGGUUUGAAACCGACCCUGUGGAUUACAGCAGCUCACAACAAGUGAAACGUUUUUGAAACGUUAUUUUCAAAAAUAGAAAAAAAAAGCUGUGUUAACAACCUCAGCAGGUUAAACCUUCUGACGCUUCACACGAGUUGUCGCAUUUAUUGGCGAUAACAGAUAAUCUGACUUUUUGCUCGUCUCCACACAGCUCUGAAGGAGACAAACCAAAACAUGCACAACAUCACUCAUCUGUUUUAAUGGCCACAAAGAGCUCUCUUCAACGUGCCACAUGCAAAGAGAGAAAGUCAACACUUUUUAAUUAUAUGAUAAUACUUAAGAUUAGUUACAUUUCUCCGUGAGUCAAUCUGUAUGACAAAAGAUAGAUUACAACACGCAGCUUGUGUGAGGUUGAUUUUCCUGUUUAAUACAUUUAAGCUGGUUGAAAUCAACUCCUCAUAGUCCAUGGAAAUAUACAAUUUAAGGUUUUAGAUUCAACAUGUUCCUUCUAAGGAUUGAAAGACAAUAAAGAUGUCUGUAGUUGAGCGGUGAUAUUUGAACUUGCUUGUGUUGGAGCGUGCAGUCGGACUAAAGGGUGAGAGCCACAGAGUUGAUAUUUUAACGUGGAGGGUGAUUCUGUGAUGAUGGUUCUGUUCGCCUAUCAGCAGCUUUUUUUUAGGCUGAGUGACACGUUGUUUUCCACACUGAUAAUAACAAACAAGCACCAACACACACACACAACACUGUUAUCAACACACAUACACACGCACACACACCACCGACAAAUGCAAAGCUGUGGCGCAUUCAGACCCUCGUCUCGUGGACUAAAUGAAAGAUGAGCUUUUAGGAAAAAGGAGGACCUGUUGGUGUUUCAAAAGGUGCUAAAAAUUUUAUCUGAAAAUAAGAAAAAUAUAUUGUUAGGGGUAUAAAUCAAGUUUGUCUUUACAAUGACUGUAUUUAAGUUUGUCGUAGUAAUGAAGAGGCACUAUUAUUAUUUUACUCUUGUAUGAAUAUGAACUAAUUAAAAGGCAUUUUAACUUUGUACUUGAACUAUGUAAGAAAUGAACCGUGAAUAAAAAGAGACUGUUUCUUGUGAAA